CUGCCGUAAAGCGAUACCGUAGCAGCACGUUCAGAACCAAAGGCCACAAACAUGUUUAGCCGAGCAGGAAUAUAGUCGACCAACAAGUAGCUUGAUCAGCGCUAUCUGUGAGCACUACACGGAAAAAGGGGUUAUGCGGCGUUCAUGCUUGGAUCAUGUUGUAUUGUAGCGUUGUUGUGAGCUGAUAUUGUGUUUUGUUCCGCGGUGUGUGUUAUGUGUUGACUGUAAAGAGGACAGUGCGUCACCGUACAAGAUGGACACUGCCGAAGAAGCUGAUAUAUGUAGGGUGUGUCGAUCUGAGGGAACUCAGGACAAACCCCUCUACCAUCCCUGCGUGUGUACUGGAAGUAUUAAGUUCAUCCACCAAGAAUGCUUGGUGCAGUGGCUUAAACACAGCAGAAAAGAGUACUGCGAAUUAUGCAAGCACAGAUUUGCUUUCACGCCAAUUUACUCUCCAGACAUGCCUUCACGGCUCCCAGUGCAGGACAUUUUCGCAGGACUGGUCACUAGUAUAGGCACGGCGAUCCGAUACUGGUUUCAUUACACGCUUGUUGCCUUCGCUUGGCUGGGGGUUGUACCUCUAACAGCAUGUCGCAUCUAUAAGUGUCUGUUUACUGGAUCCGUAAGCUCUCUCCUGACUCUGCCGUUAGACAUGCUCUCCACGGAGAACUUGCUGGCCGACUGCCUGCAGGGCUGCUUUGUGGUGACCUGCACCCUCUGCGCCUUCAUCAGUCUGGUGUGGCUGCGGGAGCAGAUUGUUCAUGGUGGAGCCCCGUUAUGGUUGGAGCAGAACCAGCAGCAACCUGCUAAUGCAGCAGGACCACCUAAUGAGGCUGCUGGCCAGGGUAAUGGGGGUGCUGAAAACCAGCCUAUGCCCGCACCGGCUGAACCUCCAGCAGAAAACGCUGCAGCGGCUGAAGCUCCUGACCUCCCCGCUGACCCUGCGGAAGAGAUGGAGCUAGAUAAUGAAGAUGAGGAGGAUGGAGGAGCCGAAGAUGUGGCGGAUGCCAACAAUGGAGCACAGGAUGAUAUGAACUGGAAUGCUCUGGAAUGGGAUCGUGCAGCUGAAGAGCUCACUUGGGAAAGGAUGCUUGGGCUUGAUGGGUCCUUGGUUUUUCUGGAACAUGUGUUCUGGGUGGUCUCACUCAACACACUCUUCAUCCUGGUGUUUGCUUUCUGUCCCUACCAUAUUGGCCACUUCUCAGUGGUUGGACUUGGUUUUGAAGAAUAUGUUCGUGCCUCGCACUUUGAGGGACUCGUCACUACUGUAGUUGGAUAUGUCCUUUUAGCCAUCACACUCAUCGUGUGCCAUGGAUUAGCAGCACUGGUGAGAUUUCAAAGAUCACGCCGCUUGUUAGGAGUCUGCUACAUUGUCGUAAAGGUGUCUCUUCUAGUAGUUGUAGAGAUUGGCGUGUUCCCCCUCAUCUGCGGCUGGUGGCUUGAUAUCUGCUCUCUGGAAAUGUUUGAUGCCUCUUUGAAAGACAGAGAGUUGAGUUUUGAGUCAGCCCCAGGGACCACCAUGUUCCUUCAUUGGCUGGUGGGGAUGGUCUAUGUCUUCUAUUUUGCCUCUUUCAUUCUUCUACUCAGAGAGGUUCUAAGGCCUGGAGUCUUGUGGUUUCUCAGAAAUCUGAACGAUCCAGAUUUCAACCCAGUGCAGGAAAUGAUACACCUACCAAUAUAUAGACACUUGAGACGAUUCAUAUUAUCAGUGGUUGUAUUUGGCUCAAUCGUUCUUCUCAUGUUGUGGCUUCCUAUCCGGAUAAUCAAACACAUCUUCCCUUCAUUUCUUCCCUACAAUGUGAUGCUUUACAGCGACGCUCCAGUGAGUGAGCUGUCUCUGGAGUUGCUUUUGUUGCAAGUUGUUCUUCCUGCUCUGUUGGAACAGGGACAUACACGGCAGUGGCUCAAAGGUCUGGUGCGAGCGUGGACCGUGACCGCUGGCUACUUGCUAGACUUGCACUCUUACUUGCUGGGAGACCAGGAAGACAAUGAGAACAACGGCAACCAGCAAGCCAACAACAACAACCAGCAGGCCCGAAAUAACGCCAUUCCUGUGGUGGGAGAAGGGCUGCACGCUGCCCACCAGGCCAUACUGCAGCAGGGGGGCCCAGUGGGCUUUCAGCCCUAUCACCGGCCCAUAAAAUUCCCUCUAAGGAUUGUGUUGCUGAUAUUGUUCAUGUGUGUGACGCUGCUUUUGGCCAGUUUGGUGUGUCUCACAUUACCAGUGUUCACUGGACGCUGGCUGAUGUCCUUCUGGACAGGCAGUGCUAAGAUCCAUGAGCUGUACACUGCAGCGUGUGGGCUGUAUGUGUGCUGGCUCUCCAUCAGAGCGAUCACAGUGCUGCUGGCCUGGAUGCCUCAGGGGCGGAGAGUCAUCCUGCUCAAGGUUCAGGAGUGGACCCUCAUGAUUUUGAAGACACUGAUUGUGGCUGUGCUGUUGGCUGGAGUGAUCCCUCUGCUCUUGGGACUGCUGUUUGAGCUGGUGAUUGUAGCUCCUCUCAGAGUGCCGCUGGAUCAGACGCCGCUGUUCUACCCCUGGCAGGACUGGGCUUUAGGAGUGCUGCAUGCCAAAAUCAUUGCUGCCAUCACCCUCAUGGGUCCCCAGUGGUGGUUGAAGACCGUUAUUGAGCAGGUGUAUGCCAAUGGAAUCAGGAACAUUGACCUUCAUUUCAUCAUCAGGAAGCUUGCGGCCCCAGUCAUUGCUGUACUGCUGCUUUCUCUCUGCAUCCCCUAUGUGAUUGCUGUAGGCAUCGUCCCCCUUCUAGGGGUCACUAUGGAGAUGCAGAAUCUGGUGCAGAGGAGAAUCUACCCCUUCCUUCUGAUGGUAGUGGUACUGAUGGGUAUCCUCUUUUUCCAAAUCCGACAAUUCAAGCGCCUUUAUGAGCACAUCAAGAAUGACAAGUACCUUGUUGGACAGAGACUUGUGAACUAUGAACGAAAAGCUGGCAAGCCCAGCACUACCACACACAGCAGUUCAGUGCAGGAGUAAAGAGCUUGGGAUUGCUUUGGAGUCACUGUUUUUGUGUGCGAGUGAGCGAGCAUGUGUGCGCAUGCGCGAAUGACUGAACAACCUUCCUCUCCUGCUCCCUCUGUGUGCGUCCGUACAUUCAGCAUGUCCACUAAGACUCAAAAAACUGACCUCUGGCCUCUCUGACCCUGCCAGCAAAAAGGGGCAAAAGUGUUGUGUACAUGAACGGGGUGAAAGAGAGAAUCCCUACAGCCUGCCAACCGUGGAUUAAAAAGAAUGUUUCACUCCUAAAAAGAAAAAAAA